CGUUGGGAUCGUUUAGCGCAUUUUUUCCCAGACCAGUCUGAAAUCGUACCUCCUGGUGGCGAAAUCGGUUCGUCAGAUUCUUGUUUGUCUCGUUUGAAAUAAGUUGGUGAGCGCAAUCCGGUCGAUCGGUGAUUUGAGAUAACCCAGAUUCCUGUUAUCUUAGGUGGAGGCCAGAGCUUGAAUCGGAGUAAACAUGGCCCGAUUAAUGUCGAUGGUUUUGCUCUGCUGGGUCUCGAUUGCCGGAUCGGGAUUUCACGUCCAUGGAGCCAGAAUUCUAACCGUUUUCCCAACGAUGGGCAAAUCACAUGUAUUGGGACUCCAGGCAUUGAUGAAAAACCUUGCAGAACGAGGACAUGAGGUUACAUUUGUUAGUAUGUUCCCUCUAUCGACGCCAGUUAAGAAUUAUCGGGAAGUGUUGGUUGAAGGCGAUGACUCAUUUGGGCCCCUGAUGUCUAGCUUCAUGAAGGGCGAGAAUCGAAACAUGUUCAAAAUGAUGCCCAUAAUUUUGGGAGGGUCUUUGAAUUAUACGAAUGGAACGCUUCAAUCGCCGCAGUUCCAAAAGUUGGUCCGGGAGGAGAAAUUCGAUCUGGUCGUUGUGGGAUGGUUUAUGAACGAUUUCGUCGUUGGAGUUGGAUCGCUCUUCGAUUGCCCUACGGUUCUGUACUGUUCAGCGGGAUUCAUUAGCCUCACCAAUAUGGUUGGAAAUCCGGUGGAAGUAUCCUCGGUUCCUCAUCUGAUGCUGGGCAAUAUGGGUCCUAUGACGUUUUGGGAUCGCGUCAAGAAUACUCUUUUCAAUACGGUGGAUUCCGGAAUAAAACUUUACAUUAAACACACCACUCGCCCCUUUUAUGAUUACAAUUUCCCAGCCGAGAAAGGUUUCCCAUCUUACGAAGAAGCAAAACGAAAAGUUUCACUAGUUUUCUACAAUUCUCACUUCACGCAAACCGUCCCGAGACCCUAUCUUCCAAACAUGGUCGAAAUCGGAGGCCUCCAAAUCAAACCCAAACCAGAUCCUCUUCCAAAGGACAUUCAAACCUGGCUCGAUGGAGCCGAUCAGGGAGCCAUCUUCGUAAGUUUCGGAUCCAACCUCAAAAGUUCCAGCCUCCGGCAAGACAAGUUGGAUGCCAUCAUUGCCACCCUCUCAAAGCUGAAGCAACGCAUCAUCUGGAAGUGGGACACCGAAGAAAUGCCCGGAAAACCAAGUAACGUCAUGAUUGGAAAGUGGCUGCCGCAGGACGAUAUUCUCGCUCACAAAAACCUGAAACUAUUCGUUACCCAUGGAGGUCUAGGAAGUGUUACCGAAUCCAUGUAUCACGCAGUUCCGAUUGUCGGAGUUCCCAUCUUUGGGGAUCAGGAAAAGAACAUUGCCCAAGUUGUGAAGGAAGGUUGGGGUCUGGAGGUUGCCUUUGAGGAUCUCACUGAGCAAACUCUAACAAGUGCCAUCGAUGAGGUCCUAAAAAAUCCAAAAUACACUGAGAAAGUUACCUACAAGUCCAAGCUUUACAAGGAUCGACCUCAAUCGGCGAUGGAGUUGGCUACCUUUUGGAUUGAGUACAUAAUUAGGCACAAGGGAGCUGAUCAUUUGCACUAUCAGGGAGCGGAUUUGAAUUUCGUUCAACGAAACCUUCUGGACGUUUUCGCGCUUUUUGGCGCUGUUCUGUACUUAGUGUUUAAGAUUGUUGCCUUAAUUUUCGGGAAACUUAAGCGGCUGAUUUGCGGUGCUGGCAAAAGUAAAUCGAAGCAGAAGAAACACUGAAUCGAGUGAAGUUUUGUGAAAGUUUACCGGCAAAUUCUAGGGUGAUAUUAGAUGCACUUAUAGGCUCGAUCAUGAAACACGUUGUAUUUUUAUCAUUCCUUAAUUUUUUGGUGCAAUAAGUAAUUAAGAAAUUUUAAAUAGUCAGUCUGAAAGAUUGAAAUAAA